AUGCGUCGCCAGCUUCGAGGGUUAUCUUUCUAUACGCCGCUAAUCUCACGUGGGCGCGUCUCGGCGCUUCCUGGUCCUCGCCUCCCACGCGAGUCGCUCAACAGCCAUGAUGGCGCCCCCAAAGGCGCUGCACGCGCACGCGCACGCCCCGCCUCGCAUCCCCCUUGUCCUUUCCCCUCAUCUGGGUUCAUUUCUACACUCGGGGUGAACGAGCAGAUUACCCGCGCCGAUAUGCGCGAUCUGGUCGAGUCGUUCGACGCGCUCGCGCUUGCGGGCAAGAGUCGCAGUCCACCGGCGCCUCCGCCUAAAGAACGCAAGCCGUCGUACCCGCCCAAUGGGAUAUACGCGCAGAUGCCACAGCCCCAGCCUCAGGGCUCGUACCCGUAUCCGACACAUAGUACACCGUUCAUAGGCGGGUUCGCAGCCACUAUGCCUACAACUCCACGGCCCAGACCGGCAAGUGGCCCACCCGCGACGACGCAGCAUGGCCUGCCACCGCUCCCCCGCCCGCCGUCUAUGCCCCGACCUUCCCCCCAAUCCGGCCCCUCGCUCACGAUGCAGCACGCGCUCGGCUCGCCGUCUCCGCACAGGCCGCACCUCGCCCCUCCCCUUCCCACGCACAUCCAGCGCCCAAACUCAGACUCGGCCGUCCCCACCACCACCGACGUGAUCGAUCUCACCGGCUCGCCCUCCACACCGAUCAAAUCCAAGAAACACACCGCGCAGACGCCCCAGCCGCCCAAGCUCGCGCGACCGAUACAUAAGCGUGCGAACUCUGAGCCGCCGUCGCCGGUUGUUGUUGUUGGUUCGCCGGGUAAGAAUAAGGACGGGGAUGCGGUGCAGUGCGCUGGGAUGACGGCUGCGGGCGCGCGGUGUAGGAAGAUGGUCAAGACGGCGAGCGGGGUGGACGGGGACGUGUUCUGCCACCAGCACGAGAAGAAGAUGCGCGAGCCGAGCGGGUUCUACGACCGCAAGACGGGCAAGACGUUCGUCAAGUUCGGCGAUUGGAUACCCGACCACCUCCAGCCUUCAACUCAGGCGUCGCUGAGAUCGGAAAUGCAAAAAGCGCGCUCAGACUCGGACGUAGACGGAUACAUCUACACCUUCGAGAUCCUCGACCCAUCGACGCCUUCGAUAGUCCACCUCAAAGUCGGCCGCGCCACAAAUCUGAACAGGCGCAUGGACCAAUGGUCCAAGCAAUGCGGCUCGCACGAGCAAGUGCUCCGAGGACACUGGCCGGGCGGGAUGACGCCCGACCAGGCGAGCCUCGUGCGCGGACUGAUCGUCGCGGGCGACAAAGGCAAAUGGUGCCACCGCCUCGAGCGGCUCGUGCAUCUCGAGCUCGCGGAUCUCGCGGCGUAUGCGCCGUACCUCGACUCCGGCUUUCCGUCGAAUAUGUCGGCGUCGGAUGAUGAUGAUGGUGGUGCGAAGGGGAAGAAGGCGAAGAGGGACGUGAAGAAGUGUCCGGACUGCGGGAAGAUGCAUAAGGAGAUCUUUACGUUCGAGAGGGCGAAGGGGCGGUAUGAUGAUCGGGAGUGGGAGUUGAUUGUGAAGCCUGUUAUUGAGAAGUGGGGGAUGUUUGUCGAGCACUUUCUUUGA